AUCAAUGACUCAUUGACAAUGAGGCCUUUGUGCCUACCUACUCCCGUUGAUUGGCCUGCUGGUAUUGACAAAUGAAAUCGACAAACCGUGAAAGUAAGGAAGAUCUUAAUAACAGGGCGGGAAGGAAAUGGCGCGCACCUCUAACUGCACUUCGGAAUUUAGGGAUAGUGGUGCGUGAAUAAACACAACGAUAAUCUGUUUACCAGGCUGUCUGAACAUCAAGGUGUAAAACAGUCAGGUUCAGACAUUGGGAAGUACUCUGUGAGGUAGUGUCCAGAAUGGAAAAGUUUGAGAAACUAGCAAAGAUUGGCGAAGGCUCAUAUGGAGUUGUUUUUAAGUGCCGAAACAAAGAUACUGGGCAGAUCGUGGCAAUAAAAAAGUUUGUCGAGUCAGAGGAUGACCCACUGAUUAAGAAGAUCGCUCUUCGGGAGAUCCGUAUGUUGAAACAACUGAAACAUGUGAACUUGGUCAACUUAUUGGAGGUGUUUCGAAGGAAACGAAGGCUACAUUUGGUUUUUGAGUACUGUGAUCAUACAGUGCUUAAUGAAUUAGAUCGCUUUCCUAGAGGAGCUCCAGAACAGCAAGUUAGGAGUAUAAUGUGGCAAACAUUGCAAGCCAUCAACUUCUGUCACAAGCACAAUUGCAUACAUCGAGAUGUAAAGCCUGAGAAUAUCUUGAUCACCAAGCAUGGUGUCAUUAAACUCUGUGACUUUGGAUUUGCCACAACUUUCACUGGACCUGAUGCAUACUACACAGAUUACGUGGCAACACGAUGGUACAGGUCUCCUGAGCUACUGGUUGGGGAUACUCAGUAUGGGCCUCCAGUGGAUAUCUGGGCUGUUGGCUGCGUCUUUGCUGAACUGUUGUGUGGGAAUCCUUUAUGGCCAGGGUGUUCUGAUGUGGACCAGCUUUAUCUAAUCCGGAAAACUCUAGGUGAUCUGAUUCCUCGUCACCAGCAGAUUUUUAGUUCAAAUCUUUUCUUCAGUGGUGUAACUAUUCCAGUCCCUGAUGUUAUGGAGCCACUCGAAACCAAAUUCCUAAAUGCUUCUCCACAAGUAUUGAGUUUAAUGAAGUCCUGUUUGGUGAUGGAUCCCUCCCUGAGACAGAUUUGUGAACAGCUGCUUCAACAACCCUACUUUGAUGUUUGUCGAGAAGCAGUAGAAGGCUCAAAAGAUUCUGAUAAGAAUAGCCAUAGGCAUGAGAGAGCAACCCGAAGACGAACACAGGGGCACCUUCCUCAGCUCACUAACAGCAACAUCUCCCCAGCACCUGAGGUGAAGAAACUUGUCAAACAUAAGUUCAGUCAUCACCUGCCAAACAUCUGAAUGUGCAGCAGCUGUUAAUCAUAGACUGCUCAAGAUAGGAGUUACUGCUGAAGUGAAAAUCAAGCUCGAUUACUGUCUUCUGAUGAUGUCACCUUCGACAUUUUAACACCACACAACCUGACCUGUUUAAAUUGACGUUUAUAACUAUACUGUAGAAUCCAUAGCUCUAGGUCUGUAAUAUGACCUAUAAUUUUCAUACUGAAAGUAUUUAUCUCAUGAAAUCUUUGUAUCUGAAUUUGUAUGGUAGGUAUUUUUUUUCUAGUUUGUAGUAAAGUACUCCUGAGCUACUGUGUAGCUUAGCAGAAUAAUGCAUUGCUCUGGUGACUGACUUCUAGUCCAGGUGUAUAGUCAUUUUUGUUCAAGAGUGUAACAGGACAUAUUGGUAUAAAUCUGAAUCCUACCUAAAUGUCCAGAAGAUGAGUGCAGCAGUCAAAGAGUGGAAAACAUAUCUAUUGAUAUAAUUUGGCAGUAACCAAACACUUUGAAUCACAGUUUUAUAAAUCUGACAUAAAACACAUUUUUCCAACAUUUUACUGAAGUUCAGUAAACUGUUUUUCUUCAAUCUAGGAUCAAGUACAGCAAAGAAAUGUGUUAAAACAGUGGGCGCAGAGAGUGUUUCAUCCCUUCCACCCCACAUUAGGAAAUGGCUUUUUAUAAAAGGGUACUACACUAAAUGCCUUCAAAAAGGAAACUUGACUACACUAAAAUUCAGGCAUGCAUAUUACCAAGUCAUGCAAAAAUAUCCCUCCAAACCAAGUAGAAGGCAGC